AGUGCGGAGCAGUUUCGAUUAUGCAGUGAACUGAAGUGCAAGUCGCGAACGGGCGCGUCUGUCACGACGUGACAGACCGUAACACAACUCAUUUUCCACACGCCAUGUCGCAGCGCAUAGGCAAUACCACUCUUGCGUAUGCCCGAGUCUGGCAUCAUGUCGACGCGAGUGACCGUGUGCUAGGAAAACUGGCUGAACGUAUUGCUCUGGUGUUGAUGGGCAAGCACAAACCAAUCUACGAUCCCGGAGGUAUUGUCUUCGCGUACUGUUUCAUUCGAGACUUUGACCCGAAACCAGUUGACUGCGGCGACUAUGUGCUUGUGACCAAUUCGAGGAAAGUAUUGGUUACUGGCCGGAAGAGUGAACAACUGCUGUACCGCAAGCACUCUAUGUAUCCGGGCGCGUUGAAGGAGACUCCUUACAAGGACAUGAUGGAAAAGAAUCCUGACGAGAUCAUUCGGCAUGCCGUUUCCGGCAUGUUACCCAAAAACAAGCUUCGGGAACGGAGGUUGGAAAGAUUGCGUAUAUUUCCGUCGUACCAUAUGGGCAAAAUGGGCGCCAAUGUGCUGCGGAGCUGGGACGACGGGACGUUGCCACCAGAUUGGGACCCCAGUGUCCCCACUACAACGAUGACAUUACAGCAGAGUCUGCUAACAAUCCCAACACAACCAAAUAACGCGUACUUGACUUCGAUCCAAACCCCGCUUCCAUUCGCGUUCUUCAUUAUGCCUCCCAAAGCCUCUGGCUCUAAGCCAGUCAACGGCAAAUCUGCUGAAGGACCUAAGCAAAAGAGUCUCAUGACAUGGUUUGCAAAACCACAACCCAAGAAGGAAUCAAACGCAUCCAAAAUGCCACUGCCUCCAAAGACGCCUCAGUCUAAAAGUCCCAGCCUUUCUAGGCUGAACUCCUCUGUUCCCGUGUCAGACUCUUCCCCAGGACUCGACAGCGCAAAGGAAACGCCUCCAACCAGCGACAUCAUUGACAUAGACAUGCUAUCCUCAGAGGACGAGCAACGCGUCCGAACGACGACCAGGAAACGAAAGAUCGUCUACGAGGAAUCGGACGAUGAACGUUCGUUGACAGAGCGUUCAGCUCCCGCGGGAUCUUCACCGACAAAUGCUAAGCAAUUGAACAAAAAACCUCGUCUUUCUGCCCUCUUGUCUGACGACGAGGACGACGAGGUUGCGCAGAGCGCGUCGAGCUCCUUCUCUAACCGCAUCAGUCGUUUCAAGAAAUCACCUGUCAAAAAGGGACGCAAAUCGCGUUCCGCUGCGUCUGAAGACGACGACGAUUUCGUUGUGUCCGACUCUGAUAUGGACGCGAGGUCAAUCAAGUCUUCCAAAUCGACGUCGUCUCUUUCCCGUCGUUCUGCGACCUCAGACGAUGAUGAAGAUGACGAUGCAUUUGACUCUGAGCCUGUGAAGAAGCCUGCAGCCAAGCCCAAAGGGCGUGCCAAAACAAUCACCAAAAACGUAACGGCUGGCGGCGGUUCCUUCUUGACGGCUGCUGAACGGCAGGAGCUCGAGAGAAAGAAUGAGAAGAAGGAAGCGGAGAGCCCGUAUUCAUUUUUGCAAGAUGUCAAAGACAAAGACGGCAAUCGACCGGACAGUCCCAACUAUGACCCUAGAACAUUGUAUGUUCCGCGCAAGGCCUGGGACGACUUUUCUCCGUUCGAAAAACAGUUUUGGGAAAUCAAGCAGAACCAUUACGAUACUGUGCGUUCGUCUUUACUGGCGCUGCUUUCAAUAACCGCUCACUGCAUACGAAGAUUCUGUUUUUCCAAAAAGGAAAAUUCCUCGAAGUAUGCUGGCCUCUUUCUGCGAUGGCCGGUUCUCACUCCAGAACAGCUGUAUGAAGAUGACGCUCGGAUCGGGCAUCAGCAGUUUGAUCUCAAGCUGACUUCGCGCGUCAAGAUGUCCAUGGUCGGGGUUCCAGAGUCCUCCUUUGACUUCUGGGCUGCGAAAUUCCUUGCGAAAGGAUUCAAAGUUGGCAGGGUGGACCAAGCCGAAACGGCACUCGGUGCUGAAAUGAGGGUGAAGGCAAACAAAGCCAAGAACGGCAAAGCAAAGGACAAGAUCGUGCAACGCGAACUCAAACAAGUCUAUACUAACGGCACUCUCAUUGAUCCAAGCAUGCUUACUGACGACCAAGCUGGGCACUUGAUCUCGAUCCGCGAGGUCUUCGAGGAGGGUGUCGACACAAGCAGCACAUUUGGCAUUUCGGUUCUUGACUGCUCUACUUCGCAGUUCAAUCUGAGCACGUUCGAAGACGACAUAUGUCGGACGAAGAUGGAGACACUGAUCAGGCAGCUGAAACCGAAGGAGCUGCUCUUUACCAAGGGGAAGUUAUCUGUGUCUACGACUCGACUGCUCAAAUCUAUCGUACCUUCGCUAUGCAUCUGGACUGGACUGCGAGAUGUCGAGGGCUUCGACUACGAGCAGACCAAAGUAGAGCUUGUGAAGCUUUAUCCUCAGGAAGAGGAUGAUGAUGGCAAUUCUGACGGUGAUGAGCUGCCUGCGAGUGUGCCCGAGCCCAUCCGGGCCAUGUCCGGAUCGCAGACUGCGAUUGAAUCGCUUGGAAUGAUGAUUUGGUACCUGCGCCAGCUGAACAUCGACAAGGACAUUCUCAGCAUGAAGAACUUCAACGUGUAUGACCCUUUGAAACGAGGGCAAGGGCUUGUCCUCGACGGACAGAGUCUCGCCCACAUCGAAGUUCUCCUGAACAACGAGGGCACUGAGGAAGGCACGCUGCUCAAGCUUUUGAACAGGGCGGUCACGCCCUUUGGGAAACGUCUGUUCCGGAUCUGGCUGUGUGUGCCGCUGAAAGAGAUUUCGGACAUCAACGCUCGGCUGGAUGCCGUGCAAGAUAUCAUGGACAAUACAACAGAUUUUGAAAAGGAUUUCAUGGACAUCGCCAAAGGUCUUCCCGAUCUGGAGCGGAUUGUCUCGCGCAUCCACGCCAAAAACUGCACAAUUCGCGACUUUCUCAAAGCCUUCAAGAAACUGAGUUAUGGAAUGGCACAUCUGGGAGACAUUGCAGAGAGCUUCAAGUCUAAAACGAUCUUUGGGCUCGCAAGUGGCCCGUUUUUGACGGAUCCCCACGUCGUGCUGACGCUGGGUGAAGAUGCGAGUGAACUAGUCCCUCAAGACGGGAAAGACGAAGUUUACGACGGAGUGAUGGCCGAAAUCAGGGAACUGGAGAACGAACUCGAUGAUGAGCUGAAGAACAUGCAGAAGAAGAUGAAAGGGAAACUGAGCUGGCACCACAGCUCGAUUGGGACCAAGGACAUCUACCUGGUUGAAACGGACGCGAAGCAGACGGGUGUGCCGAAGGAAUGGACGAAGACGCAGUCCCUGAAGAACAAGACGCGGUGGGUCGUGCCCAGCAUCCAGCCGACCGUGCGCAAGCUCAAAGAGGCCCGGGAAAACCGAAACACGGCCAUCAAGGCGUUCCGGAUGCGGUUGUUCGCCGAGUUUGACUCUGACCGGUCGCUGUGGUUGCGUGCGGUGCGGAUCAUGGCCGAGCUCGACUGCCUGUUCUCGCUCGCCAAGGCGUCGAGUGCGAUCGGGGAGCCGCGGUGCCGCCCGGAAUUCGUCGAGGGCGAAUCUGCCUGGGUCGAUUUCCGGCAGCUGAGGCAUCCGACGCUGUGUAUGAAUGCCAAAGUGGAGUCCUUCAUUCCGAACGACGUCAGACUGGGUGGCGAGAUGGGGAAUAUCGCGCUGUUGACUGGUGGGUGUUUGAAACCGCGCCUUCGCAUGUCAUGCAUGUGGCUCACUAGUACAUUCCAGGACCCAACAUGGCGUGAGCGAUGCGGUUAUGUGGGUGGUGUGACAUGGCUGACCGGUUUAUACAGCGGUAAAUCAACAGUCAUGAGGAUGACCGCCACCGGUGUCAUCAUGGCCCAACUGGGGAUGCUUGUGCCGGCGCAGAGUGCUCGACUGUCGCCUGUAGACGCGAUUCUGACUCGGAUGGGCGCGUACGACAACAUGUUUUCCAACGCCAGCACGUUCAAAGUCGAGCUCGACGAAUGCUGCAAGAUCCUGCGGGACGCUACGCCCAAGUCGCUCGUCAUUCUGGACGAGCUCGGACGAGGGACAUCGACCUUUGACGGGAUGGCCAUCGCAGGUGCGGUGCUUCACCAGCUGGCCACCCACACACUGCCGCUGUCGAUCUUCGCGACGCACUACAGCUCGCUGACAGACGACUUUACGUACCACCCGAACAUCCGGCCGGUGUUCAUGGAAACUGUCGUGGACGACGAGGAGAAGAAGAUUCUGUUCCUGUACAAGCUGGUCGAAGGCGUGGCGGUGUUGUCCUUUGGCACGCACGUCGCGAAUCUCGCGGGCGUGCCGAUGAAUGUCGUGCAGAGAGCGGACGCGGUGUCGUCCAAGUUCGCGGAGCAGUUCAAGGAAAAGAUGCUUUCGCGGCGCCAGCGGACAGGGCGUAUUCCGAUCACGGCCCAGGCCGACUUUGCCUAUCUGUUCGGCAUCGCGACCGGCAAAGUUGCAAUGCCGACGAACGGCAAAAUGGUUUUGGCCGGGCUGAGGAAGACGAUUCGGAGACUACAACAGUAG